AUGGCCGUGCCGCACAUCCGUAACGCUACGCGCGAAGAUGUCCCUACGAUCCUUGAAUUUAUUAAGCAGCUGGCGAUCUAUGAAAAAGCAUUGGAUCAGGUCCAAGCCACUGAGGAAUCUCUAACAAAUACUUUAUUCGAAAAUCCGUAUGCGUACGUGGUCAUCGCCGAGGUUGAAAAAGAUGAUCAUUGUAAGAAACCUAUAGGUUUUUCGCUGUACUAUUACGCUUACUCGACAUGGACAUCUCGUCCGACACUGUAUCUGGAAGAUUUAUAUGUCAUGCCAGAGUACAGGAACAAGGGAGUUGGAAAACAUCUAUUCAAGCGUCUAGGUGAAAUUGCGAAAGAAAAGGAAUGCUUGCGUGUCGAAUGGAGCGUCUUGACUUGGAAUAGUCCGUCUAUCGGUUUCUAUAAAAACACACUUGGCGCCAUCAUGAUGGACGAGUGGCGCACAAUGCGCCUGGACCGUGCAGGCAUCGAGCGCUUGGCCUGCCUCGUGUAG